GUGCCUAGUCAGCUCCAGCGAAAGACGACGGCAGCCGUCGUUGUUCGUCGUCGGGAUGUCCUGCUGUCCAUUCAGCGAGCACUGAGGGAGGCAACGAGCGAAAUCCCGCACUCGUCGGUCGAGGAAAACUAGCAACGACGGCGACCCUCGUGAGCGGACAGACCCGAUGUUGCCUCUACAUGCGGACGACAAAGAGUUCAGAGCACGGCGCGGACUACGUUUCAAGGAACGGCUCCAAGGAUGGUUCAGGUUGAUCUUCUCUGACAAGGCAUCACGCAAUCUCUUCCUCUUCCUCAUCCUCAACUUGUCAUUUGCAUUUGUCGAGCUCUUGUACGGAGUAUGGACCAACAGCCUGGGCCUGAUCUCAGAUUCAUUCCACAUGUUCUUCGAUUGCACGGCAUUGCUCGCUGGCCUUGCUGCUUCAGUCAUCACAAAGUGGCGAGCCAAUGAAAGGUUCUCUUAUGGGUACGUGCGUGCAGAAGUUCUUGCAGGAUUUGUCAAUGGCCUCUUCCUGCUCUUCAUUGCAUUCUUCAUCUUCUCCGAGGCUGUUGAGAGAGCCAUUGAACCACCUGAGGUGAAACAUGAGCGCCUCUUCAUCGUUUCCGUGCUGGGUUUCCUCGUCAACCUGGUCGGCAUCUUCGCAUUCCAACACGGACAUUCCCAUGGGGGUGAGGGUCACGGGCAUUCCCACAGCCAUGGCCAUAGCCACGGGCCCAGCCACAGCCACAGCCAUGAACACAGCCACAAUCAUGCGCAUGGCGAUGCACACUCGCAUGGAAAUGGGCAUGGGCAUUCGCAUGGAUUUGGUCUCGAGCCCAACUGCGACAGCGAAAAAGCACCACCGGCUGCCAGGAGCCAAAUUAUGCAGGGUGUGUUCUUGCACAUCCUGGCCGACACCCUGGGCAGCGUCGGCGUCAUUGUGUCGGCCAUCCUGAUGGGCCAAUUUGGCUGGCUCGUGGCCGACCCUAUCUGCUCCAUGUUCAUCGCCACCCUCAUUGGUGUCAGCGUGCUGCCUCUUCUACGGGAUUCUAUCUAUGUGCUGAUGCAGCGGACACCCAAGGAACUGGACACAGCGCUGCCAACUUGUUACCAGAGGGUGAUGCAGCUGGAAGGCGUGUACAGUGUGCAGGAGCCCCACUUCUGGACAUUGUGCAGCGACGUCUACAUUGGCACCCUCAAGCUGGAAGUGGCCAAAGGUGCUGACGUGAGCUACCUGCUCAGCUGCACGCACAGCAUAUUCACACAGGCCGGUGUCAAGCAGUUGUAUGUACAGAUUGAUUAUGCACCAAUGUGAUCUGAACACGCCACGACGACCAGUGAAACCCGUCUUCCUUGUGCAUUGACUGCUGAAUGAUGUUGCACGAAGAAUGACCAAGGCAUUGUGGCUGAGAGGAACGGCUCUACUGAACGACAACCCGGCUGACUGAAAAUCUUAUCACGAGCAUUCGAUAUGAGCGUGACCAGUGGUUGUGAUGUUGAAUACCCUGUGCACGUCUUGGGUUUGUUGGUGAUGAGCGAGGAUAGUCUGUUGUAAAGCUAUGCCUUUUUCUUUAACCCUUUUAUAACUUUUUAUAAUAUACCCGGUUUUGUAAGUUCACUGCGCUUUCACUUUACUUGAUUAUAGUAUCUUGCCUUUAUGUGCACAGUGGUUUCUGCAUGACAGUAAUGUGAGGCAACCUGAAGUCUUUCUAUGAGCACACCCAGUUUGCUUAAGAGCACUUAUUUGCCAGAAGACACCGACACAAAUGAUAUAUAAAAUGUUGGGUUCUGCCUUGAGUGAAACAUUCGUGACUUCACCCAAGAUCAAACGUUCAAAAUGGGGAAGAGUGCCAUGAAGCUCUGUUCUCUCCUGAGUAUUUUGCCUUGUGCCGCUCAAAAUUUUGCUCAAACCUGGCAGUUGGUUUUUUUUUUGAUGCACCUAUCAAAUUUUGUGCAUGUGCAUCAUUUCUUUAUUUGUUAUUGCUGGUAAGCCCGACAUGCAAGUCUCCCUGUAUGCCAAACAGCGAACUGGGAAAGCUAUGCCCUUGCGCAGUGUGUGCAGGCAGACAUGCUUCUUCAAGUACUAAGCGCGUGCGAAAGCAGUGUUCUUAAUGCUUCUGGUGAUUGCAUGGCUUAAUAAGACCUCGGUUCUCACGUCAAACAGUGCAAGCAAGCAGUGUAUCAUCAUUGCAUCACGGAGAAUGCACCCUUCCUCAUGCCAUAUCACUUGAUUGCAUUCAAAAACUGAGCAUUGUACAUACGGGAGGUGGUGAAGGGAUUUGGCACAUUAUCAUGGACUUUUGGCCAUUGACUGCAUUGUUGGCAUUGCUAUGAAUGUGUAUAUUCUGUUGUUGUGUAUUGUUUUCUGUAACUUUAUCGUGACUGUACAGCUUUCAACUGUGUGCGUGUGUGCGCUUUUGAGAAAAGAAGCUCGUGCCUACCAAACUAGUUGUUGCAGACCCGGUGAUGAUGAAUGGAAAAUGUAAACAAUGAAAUGAAACCUUGACUGAGAACCUA